ACGUGGUAGGAGGCGGCAGCAGCAGCGGCGGCGAGCAGCGCGGCAGGGGGCUGCUGGGUGGCCUGGCGCCUCCAAUGGGCUCCUCGGCGUCGUCUCUCGUGGAGGAGGCGACAGCGGCGGAGACGGCGGCGGUGGCGACGGCGGCGAACUCGGGGAUCGCGGACCCAGGCGGCGGUCGCGCCAGCGGCGAGGGGAGUCGGGGCAGCGAGACGCAGCAGCAGCAGGAGCAGCAGCAGCAGCAGCCGCAGCCGCAGCAGCAGCACUACCGCGUGUUGGGCGACUCCGCCUUCUUCGUGUCGUCCACGGGCACCGUGCGGCGCAAGCGGCGGGCGGCGAGGCCUCGUCAGGCGAGGGCGGAUGACGGAGACAUGGGCAGCAGCGGCCAGUGGUCAUGCAAACGCUGCACUCUGCUCAACCCAGAGGGGCUCAGCCGAUGCUCCAUUUGCGAGAGCCCUCGCAUGGAGUGCAAUCUAGAGAAUAUUCUGAGGCUGAGCAAUGGGCUCUCUGUGAACAGCGGAUCCUUGGUCGCAGUCGAAAAAACCUUGAAUUGUCAAGCGUGUGGUGGCCAGCAGAAUGCGCAUACGGCAACGCAUUGCCAAGCCUGCCAGAAUUCAAGGACGCUUUUCUCUACAGCCGGUGAGUUGGCACAAGUAGCUAGGACAUCGGAAAAAGAAGCCCAACCUCCCGAACAAAAGACAGACGUGUCAAGAGACACUGCCGAUGGUAUCUGUGGAAUGCAGACUGAUGCACUGCCUGAAAAUAAUAACACGGUUUUGCCGAGUUUGGGAACCGGUCUUCCUUCAGUCGUCAGUGAGAUUCCUAAAACAACGUGGGUCUGCAGGUGUUGCACUCUAGAGAACAAUAUAGCGGAUAAAGCGUGUAAUGCCUGUGGCGCCCCUGAAAAAGUUUCUCUACCAAUAAUCAGUCCCACUGUAUCUGAAAUCAAUGUCGCAGUUUCCAAUGUCAUAAACCCACAUUCUAGACAAGAUGCAGGGCAUAGAUUUGUACAAAACACCGAUGUUGAAGUGAGUGACCAAGGUGAUGAGCCAGAGGCCUUAGACCGGAUGAUGGAAUUUAGCAGUGCACAGUCUCCCAGCUCUCUUAAUUUUCCCAAGAUGCGCAAAGAGAUGCGUCCACACAAUGCCCACCAUCGCCCAUCUCACGCAGCACCGAGGAGCUGCAUCAAUAGCGAUGUGAAGUGUAAGCCUGACGAGUUGGCGGCAUUCUUCACCUCCAUAUCGCCGAGCAAUUUCGGUCAGUUAAAAUGCGUGAACUGCAGGACAGGACUUCCCGAGGCAUCGACGCAAAAUGGAGAUUGCAGCAACUGCUCGGCAUAUGCUCACCCGUACCCAGAGAGUGUCCCGACUGCGGGCAACGUUGGAGAAGCCGAGAGAGAAUCUCCGAUGCCUGCUCUCACCGCAGAAGGAGGAGAGGUUGUGUCGAUGAGCAGGAGUUUCGAGUCUGAAAGUCCGGUGGAGCGUCCUGCACUUGUCCGGAGGUUUGAUGUCCUUCCCGAGCCGCAGCCAAAAGGAGUUCGAAGGGAAGAACUGGCCAAGCAGUGCACACCCGAGGGUUCAAAGCCCCCAAAAUUGUUUGUGUCCGCAUCCAAAUCUAGUGGUGGAAAAGUCUCUGGAAACAGGAAUCGCCCAAAUUUUGUAGCAGCCAAUGACGUGCCAAGGAGUAGCGAAGCCAUUGGUUCAACUGCCAAUUUAAUUAAGCAUAAGCACACCUCUUCCUCAAGCCCACAUUUUCUCGUGUGGACCUGUUCACAGUGCACAUUGGUGAAUUCAUUGAAGAAUCUUGAGUGUGCUGCAUGUAAAGCAUCCAAAUUGCCAGGGUGUCAGCAACCUCCAUCUGUUGUAAAAACUGGCUGGACUUGCAAGCAGUGCACCUAUCAUAACAAGGCCAUUGAUAUUGGCUGUGCAAUCUGUCAGUCAGAUAGGAGCAACCCUGGUGUUUGGGUUUGCAGUGUUUGUACACUGCAUAACGAUGUCAAGGAUAAGGUUUGUGAAGCAUGCAGCAACCCAAAGCUUAAACCACAGAUGAAGAGUAUGCACAAAUUACAGAGAAGAGAAAGUAUCAACAUAAAUGCUCAGAGGAACAGCGAUGAGAAGAUGGCAGAAGAGCUUCGUGAAAACAUCGUUCAAGCAUCCAAAGAGGCCGGAGUGAACUUUGUGGAUGACAGCUUCGUGCCUGGCAAGAAGUCCCUGGGCUCGAACUUGGAGAGCUCCAUCGUGCAGCGUGUGGCUCACUGGUUGCGGCCUACGCAGAUCACCUGCGCGCCCCAUGAGACGUCCAUCCCCUGGGUCGUGUUCCGCACUCCGCGCCCCAGUGACAUAUCGCAGGGCCUGCUGGGAAACUGCUGGUUUCUGAGUGCCUUGGCUGUGUUGGCGGAACGACCACAACUUGUGGAAAGGGUUAUGGUGACCAGGCAGAUUUGCCCAGAGGGAGCCUAUCAGGUGCGUCUGUGUAAGGACGGUGUGUGGCAGACGGUGCUGGUGGAUGACAUGCUGCCGUGCGACGACAGCCGCUGCCUGCUGUUUUCCCAGGCCCAGCGGAAGCAGCUGUGGGUGCCUCUCAUAGAGAAGGCGCUGGCAAAGUUGCACGGCUCCUACAACGCCCUGCAGGCCGGCCGCACCAUCGAGGGGUUGGCCACGUUGACGGGGUCGCCCUGCGAGAGCGUGCAGCUGCAGCCCAGCCCCAUCUGCCCCAGUGAGCCCAUCGACACUGACCUCAUCUGGGCCAAACUUCUCAGCAGCAAGGAGGCAGGCUUCUUGAUGGGUGCGUCAUGUGGCGGAGGGAACAUGAAGGCGGACGAGACCGAGUAUGACCGCGUGGGGCUGCGACCAAGGCACGCCUACUCCAUCCUAGAUGUGCGAGACAUCGAGGGCCACAGGCUGAUGAGGUUGCGCAAUCCCUGGGGCCGCUUUUCCUGGAAUGGGCCAUGGUCCGACAACUCCUCCGAGUGGACCCCUCAACUGCGUACGGAACUCAUGGCGCACGGCAACAGCGAGGGCGUCUUCUGGAUGAACUAUGAUGACUUUAAACGGUAUUACGAAAGCGUGGACAUCUGCAAGACGCACCCGGACUGGAAUGAGGUGCGCCUGCCGGGCACCUUUCCCGUGUCCCACGGCAGGCCCAUCUCUGCCACGCUCGUCAGCGUGUUUUACCACACCGAAGUAGAUUUGACCCUGUUUCAAGAAGGUGCCAGGAGGGGAGACGACGUGGAGGGAAACAUUCUGGAUCUGUGCAUUGUCAUCUACCAAGUCACCACGGACAAAAAAGAGAAGAUGUGUUUGGAGAAGGUCAUUGUGCACAGCCAGAGGGCUGUUAAGAAGUUUGUGGGCUGCAGCAGCAUGCUGGCGCCUGGCCAGUACGCCAUCAUUUGUCUGGCCUUCAACCACUGGCAAACCGCUGGUCCCACCUCACCCAAUUCACCGACAGGCAAGCUGCCGAGUCCCUGCAGCUACAUCCUGGCCGUGCACAGCUCCAAGUCGGUGUUUGUGGAGCAGCUGGUGCUGCCCCCCAGCGUGCUGGCCAGCGCCGUUAUUAAUUUAGCCGUCAACAAGGGGCAAUGCCAUGAGGCGCGGGAGGGCAUGUCGUGCUACUAUCUGACGCAAGGCUGGGCGGGCCUCAUCGUGGUGGUGGAGAAUCGCCACCCUGACCGCUACCUGCAGGUCGUGUGCGACUGCUCCGACAGCUUCAACGUCGUUUCCACUCGCGGGGGGCUCAAGACGGCCGACAGCGUGCCUCCGCUCAACCGGCAGGUGCUGCUGAUCCUGUCCCAGCUGGAGGCAAACAGCGGCUUCUCGGUCACGCACCGACUACAACAUCGUAAAGCCGGAUCGCCGGGCCUCGGGGACUGGGGUCCCCGGGGCCACAACCACGAACCUCGGUUGGGACCCGGUCUGGGGUUACACUCCCCCCGGCCUCUGUAGCGCCAAGCUGGGCGACGCCACAGACUGUUGUCCCUUGCAAAAGGGGCUACGGCCACUGCAGCUCGUUGCGUGAUUUAUUGCUGCUCUCCUUUGUAUCCUCAUGGGAAUGACUUGAUAAUUUUCUGACUCCCCUUCCUACGUGUGUGUUCCUGCUAAACGUCGGCAGAAUGGCAAUCCUCAGUAGUCGUAACACCAAAUACCACUUUACAGGCAACCCCCACUAACUUGUGCGUGUCCAAGAGGCACUACGAGUGUUCUGGUAUUUAUUGGUGCUGCUAUCUCGAAGAGACGGCGUGUUCGUAUUUGAAAAAGGCAGUCACUGGAAAGUAAUUCUAAUUACAUUACCUGAAUAUUGCAGUAAAAUGCAUCUCAGUGUUUUGUGUAUAUAUGAUGUAAUUACAUUUUUUUGAGAGAUUAUAUUUAACUUUUAAUGAUGUGCAUCCAUUUACUGUAUUUGAAAAUGCUUUUUGAAAAACUGCAUUUUCAUCUAUUCCAACUACCUAUCACGAUAUGUCCUUUUUGGGGGGGGGGGGGG